CUCAGCUAUCCACGUUCAACUGGUUCUCCUCAGGCUGUUACCCAGUAUGGAACUCACGACUGAUUCCUCUGCCGAUGCAAUGCGCUCUUCGCUCACUGCUCCGGACGACUCUGACUCUGACAGUGCUAGCGUCGACGACUCUGCACUUCUCGUCUCGGAAGAUUUUGAAGUCGGUCCUGCGUCUAGCUCGCCAAUGUUUUCCUCGCCUCUUGUGGCAACCCCGCCUGAACACAAUGCUUGCGGAGCCAGGGCAGACUCACACCGGUUCAAUGUCCCUUCGACGUCUCGCGCAGUCUUCGUUCCUUCGUUCCACAACACAGCAGCGCAUAUAGCCUUGCCUGAAUCCGAUUCCAUGGAACUGGAUGGAUCAAAGAAUCUCAGAUGUAGGUUCCUCGAUUACCGAGCACGAGACACCACAGGAUACGGAAAGCCAACCGCCAGAUCACUUGUCCAGCCCUACAUCGACU